GUGAGCCAGCAGAGCCGCCUGUGUGUUUACAUGUCAGCCUAUCAGUGCUGCCGGAUUUAGCGCAUCUGGAGAGGACGCAGGCAUUUCUCAAAUGCCCCUCAGACAAGGGAUUCUCACCGCAGCAUAUAUCCCUCUUUCCCAUUUGAAUCUAGCCUGUCUUGAAUCCUGCAUCCCUGUCUCCAUGCUUUCGGAGGCAUUUUGAAUUUCCUUGGCAACAUGGAGCUGCCUGAAUUAGAAUUCUCUGCAUGACAGUCCUGAUGGGUUUCAUUCUGCCGUGUGCCAUGCAAUCUGGCCCAGGUCCAGCCCACAUUCAGCAUGACUGUCAGAUGUUACUUCCACAUCUGGACCAACUCUGGUGCACACACAGAAAAUCUUCCUGGCUGCCAGCCAAGACUGGAGGAUAACAGCCGCAAUCAGCCCAGAUGUGGAAGUAUAUGGGCCAGACUCAUGCCGAGGACCCAGGCAUAUGUUCGGCCAGAAGUUUCAUUUUGCUAUCUGGAAAGGUAAGCAGUAGGAUGGUGUCUGGGGAGGCAGGAGGGCACAGCUACUUGGUGGCGUGCUGGCAGCCCAUCCUGAUCCUGAUGCUGGGCACUGUCCUUUCUGGCUCCACCACCGGUUGCCCCUCCCGAUGUGACUGCAAUGCUCAGGAGCGUUCAGUUGUGUGCCAUCGACGGAGACUGGCAACUCUUCCUGAGGGCAUCCCCACUGAAACAAGGUUGCUAGACCUCAGUAAGAAUCGUCUGAAAUCUCUGGGGCCCGAAGAGUUCAUUAAUUACCCUCAGCUGGAGGAGUUGCAACUAAAUGAAAAUACAAUUUCAACUAUUGAGCCUGGGGCUUUUAGCAACCUUAUGAACCUCCGAACUCUAGGUUUGCGCACCAACCAGCUGAAGCUCAUUCAGCUGGGGGUGUUCACUGGCCUGACCAACCUCACCCAGCUGGAUAUUAGUGAGAACAAAAUUGUCAUUCUGCUCGACUAUAUGUUCCAGGAGCUGUACAACCUGAGGGCUCUGGAGGUUGGUGACAAUGACCUAGUAUUCAUCUCACCCAGAUCAUUUCAUGGCCUCAGCAACCUUGAAAGCCUCAACAUUGAGGGACGUAAUCUGGCCUCGGUGCCCACUGAUGCCCUUAGCCAUCUGCAUAACUUGUUGUCACUUCGAUUACGUUAUCUAAACGUCACUGUCAUAAGGGAUUACUCCUUUAAGAGGCUGUAUCGGCUCAGAGUGCUGGAGAUUUCUCAUAUGCCUGCCCUGGAUACGAUGACACCAAAAUGCUUGUUUGGACUCAACCUCACAUCACUGUCCAUCACAAACUGUAAUCUUACUGUCAUCCCCUACCAAGCCAUCAGUCACCUAAGAUAUCUUCGGUUUUUGAAUCUGUCUUUCAAUCCCAUUCAUACUGUGGAAGGGAACGAACUGUUCAAUCUACAGAAGCUCCAGGCUUUUCAUUUGGCUGGUGGAAGAUUAGCUGCCAUUGAGCCCUACUCUUUUCGAGGACUAAACCACCUCCGUGUACUCAAUGUAUCCAGCAAUAGCUUGAGCACCCUGGAGGAGUCUGUCUUUCACUCGGUGGGAAACCUUGAGACCCUGGCUUUAUAUGAUAACCCAUUGGCCUGUGACUGUCGUUUGCUCUGGGUCUUCCGCCGGCGGUGGAGGCUCAACUUUAACAGACAACAGCCCAUGUGUGCUUCACCUGACAUUGUGAGAGGAAAAGAGUUCAAGGACUUCCCAGACAUCCUCCCUUCUGACUAUUUUGUCUGCCAGAAAUCAAAAAUCAUGGAUUAUAAAGUUCAAGAAAGCCAUGUAGAUGAAGGAACUACGGUUUAUUUCGCUUGCCAAGCUGAGGGCGAUCCAGUCCCUGUGAUAAUGUGGCUAUCCCCUAAAAAGGAAUACAUUACUACCAAAACCAUGGGGUCAAGACUUUCUGUGUCUAAUGAGGGCACGUUGGAGGUGCGUUAUGCCCAAAUCCAGGACAAUGGAACCUACUUGUGUAUUGCAAGCAAUGCAGCAGGCAAUGACACCAAAGCUGCUCACCUUUUUGUGCAUAGCUACUCCCCCAAUUGGCCGCACCAGCCAAACAAGACAUUUGCAUUCAUCUCCAACCAGCCAAGCGACGAAAGUGCUAAUGUGACUCGGGCUACAGUUCCAUUUCCAUUUGAUGUAAAGACACUUAUCAUUGCAACCACCAUGGGAUUUAUCUCUUUCCUCGGAGUUGUCCUCUUCUGUCUUGUUAUAUUAUUCCUCUGGAGUAGAGGCAAAGACAAUACUAAGUCAAGUAUAGAGGUUGAAUAUGUGCCACGUAAAGAGGAAACCGAGGAGGCCAGUCCAACUGAGGCACCCGUCCAAUUCAACAUGAAAAUCAUGUGAACUUCAAAAGGAGGUCAUGUAAGCUUACAAACUGCAGUCGGGAUGCAUCCUAUCCUCGCUUCAAAUAUGUACUCAGUUUAUGAGUGAUAGAAAUUGCACAGCAGCAAAUGCAUCUUGACGCUAUACCCUAGACAUUUUUUGGUUUUCUGUUCGUUUGUUUUUUUUACUUCAGGAACUGAAUCUUUAAAGCAAAUGUUGAAUUUCAAAUAUUACAAUUUCUGUAAAUUUGUAUUGGAAAUUCUCAAUCAGGAUGUUAACAUGCACUCAACAAUCCCAUUAUGGCGUGUAACCAAAUUAAGGUAAUAGUUUGAAUAAAGCACAUAGAUUAGAGGGAUUUUCCUAAUUAUCAGAAUUUAUAUGAUAGGCGGGUUACUGUAUGGAAGAAUGUAGAGAUUAUGCUGCAGUUAUAAUAUUUCUAUCAGCACAAAAUAAGAGAAAGAUGUAGUUGUUAGGAUCUUAAUGCAAUUUGAUGUCUUUUGCUUUGAUGGAUGUACAAAGCCCAAAAACCCACUAUUAGAACCCAAGUUCUGUUACUUGAAAUCCCAAGUUGAAAGCAGUUUCUCUGUUUUCCUUUGUCCCUUCACAAGCAAUUGAAAAGUAUGACAUGAGUAUUACGGUAAAUUUUUGGACAAGUAGAAGAAGAAUGUACCUCACCAUCAGUCGUGUGUCAGUGGGCACUGGCCUUUAAUUACUUUCAAACAUCCUUAAAUUGUGUUUUGAAAAUUCGGACAGUAGCAUGUAUCUCCAUCAGUUGUCACAGACAGGUAAUUUAAAUUUAACUAUGUCUAUUAGUUAUAAUAACUGGACUAUUUCCUUAAUCUGGUAAGAGUCAAAUUAGAAGUGUGCAUGUUAACAGACUGAACAAGAUAAAUAAGCCAGUCCUACAGUGCGUGCUCUCUUUUGCCAACAAAGGCAGUUUGUUAUUAAAUGUAUUGACUUGUUCAGCUAUACAUAUUUUUCUGUAUUUUAUUCUUUCCUUGUACAUUACGCUAUGGCACAAUAGUAAUGCUUUUAAUGGCUGUGGGUUUUGAACAUAUUAAAAUCUAAAGAGCAGAUUAAAUAUUCAGUAAACCUGUUUUUGAUGUAAGUAAACCAAAAGAGAGUAUUACUGCUUUUCAGAGUGUAUAUAAAACUACCUUUGAAAAUCAUCAAUUAACAAUUUAUCAUCAAGUGUAAUGAAAGUUCAUUUGUUUACGUAUUUGGCAGCUCAAUAAGCGUGAGCACUCCGCCCAAGUCCUGAAGUUAUAUUGUCACAGGUGCAUCUCAAAAAUGGUGACAUUAUUAAUUUGCUGCCUUAAGUAUCCCAUUUUCCAGCUUUCAACUGAACAAUACCCGAUAUUUAUGUGUAAAAUGGAGUUUUAUGCCUCAUAAGGUUUUUAUGUUGUCUAAUUAAUUUCACAGUCAAGGUCUGCUCUGAAGAUAAUGUGUUCAUUAACUCUUAAAAUACUUGUUUAAAAGGG